UCUUCUGGUAAACAUGUUAUAUCUUGCAGUGCAUGAACGGAAUACAUUGGUUUCAAUUUGACAAUACGUAAAGUAACUUGCAGGCACAAGAAAAGGAAAAAUAUAAAACGUCUAGAAUGUCUGAGUCGUGCAACUGUGGACAACAUGUGCAAAAACUCCAGCAGCAAAUAUCGGUAAUGAGGAAAGAAAUAAAAAAUCUGAGGCAGCUCACUGAUGGCGCAGUUCGCUCACACAGGAAAAACCUGAGCUCCCUCCAGUCAGUUCUGACAAGCAUCGAGGAGGACAGGACUCGGGUGGUUGUACCACAGUCAGACAGAGAGCCUUCAGUCCUGUCUUUGGAGAAAGGAAUUAUUCAGACUGUUCCAAUUGGGUAUAUUGAGUCUUGCUUUGCUACAAAAACUGGCACCCCAAGGCAACCUACCAUCUGCACCUCAUCUAGAGCAACCUUGCGUAUCAAGAAGGCGGUGUUUAACAAUCCAGAGCAUUCUCUGGUAGGCUUGGACCAGUAUUCCCAUGUUUGGAUUAUUUUUAUUUUCCACAAAAAUGGGCACCAGAGCUACAAGGCAAAGGUGAAGCCUCCCAGACUGAAUGGCCUAAAGACUGGGGUUUUCUCCACGCGGAGCCCGCAUCGCCCCAAUGCUAUAGGGCUGACUCUCGCAAGGCUGGAGAAGAUUGCUGGCGACACAGUGCAUUUAUCUGGAAUUGAUAUGAUCGAAGGUACCCCUGUACUGGACAUCAAACCCUAUAUACCAGACUAUGAUGCACCACACACCAGAGCUCUGGACACUGUAGGCUCAGCCAGCACUGAACAGCAUAUGUCAGAAUGCAUAUCUUCAGAUGAGGAAACUGAUGCUCUAAAACAGCAAAAUACAAAGACUGAAGAUUUGUCUGGGAAUCCGUUGGCUUUGGAGGAUGGCAGAGGCCUGCAGGAAGAAGGACAACAUGCCAGCUCACAUUCAAAGGUUAUGUUUUCUGAAGAUAAAUCAAAGGCUUUUUUGAUGACCUCCACUGGUGCUCUCGGUGACUCCAAACCAAACAGGCCUUGCCAGAUUCCCAGGGAGAAAGACAUUCCUUCUGUUUUAGCAGAAAUUAAAAGCUAUGUCAGUCACAAAAAUAUUUUCACCACCUUGGCUACAGAAGAAAAUGUCCUGCAGGCAAACAGCUCUACUGUCAGACCCUGUGAGGAUGAACGGCUUCAGUCCAGUGAAGAGGUACAGUUUGGCGCAGAUUCCUACACCACCAUAGCCUCUUGGAUCAGAGAGCCACCUGUGUCCACUCUCAACGUGCGCUUUACUCCACAUGCUGAGAGGAAUCUUAAGGAGUUUCAACCACCAGGACAAGCAGUGCCAGGGAAGCCCUCCUUCCAGUUUCUGCAGUCCACAGAGGACGCCGCCGCCGCCAUCAGGGGGGUGCUGUCUGCUGACCCCCGCUCUGUGUACCGCCGCACACGCUGUCAGGACCAGCUGUUCCACUUCACCCUGGACACCGCGCACAUCACCUGCUGGUUUGGAGAGGGCUUUGCAGAGGUCCUCAGAGUCAGACCCGUUCAGUCCUCUGAGUGCUGCAGCAAAGGCAGGCUGUAAAGCCAGCACCUGUCUGUCCUCGUCUACAGGUGGCGUUUGGAAUCACUGCUGUGGGGAAUAUAUUGAUUAAUUUGUCUCCGUGGUUUAAUAGCUAACUACUUAAUAUAUCCUCAUGUGAAAGGCUGCUGGUGUUACCUCACAUUUUCACUUUCCUAAGAGACUUCACCAUGGGUUAUGGAUCGCAUUGUAGAAUCCUUACUCUUAACUGGUUAGAUAGUCUCUACUUCAUUCUCUUUUAGUUUCACAUUUGCCAGUCUAUUCGCAGAGACAACGUAUUUAUCAAUUACUGUAGAUUUUUGGGAAAUUUUCAAUUUUAACGCCAACCCCAGCCCUGAACUACAAAUACAGUAAUGGUGUCUAUAGCCCAGAAUAAAAACCUCAGCCAACCUGUUACCUUCAUAGAUAAUGGGCUAAGUAAUUUAUUUCAAAAGAUUUGUAUUGGCAAGCCAAGUACCUGAUUGCUAGAGUUUGUGUUCAGGGAUGAGCAUUCUGUCAUAGAAAUCUCACUCAGGGAUUCCUUAGAAAAGUAAAGUUGUGUGGGUCCACAUUUCAUGGCAAUACUCACUUCACAGUUGUAGCCAACAGAAUGUUAAUAGUGCAUAUAUAAAUAUAGGUAUGUUUUUUUAAAUUGUUUUCAUUCACAUUGUUCUUUAACUGUACAGCAACCAAAGUGCAUUUAGGGUACCUCGAGUGGACACUACGUGCCUAAUUCUAUAAAUUUAUUUCUUUCGGUUUGAACCUGAAGGUUUAUCAGGAAUUCUGUCCCUGGAAUACCUUGUGGUUUUCCUUUCAUGGGAGUUAUCUUCAUGUUCCAUGUAUUGAAUUUUAUUAAAAACUUUUUGAAUUUC